UUGAUAAUGAAAUUUUGUAUUUAAUUUCUUAUUUUUCUCUCAGUUUGUUUUCCCUGUUCCUUUCUAUUAACAGAGUAAAAUAUGUAAAUAAUUAAUUAACAUCAGUCAACAAGCCAGAAAAGUCAAAGUCUCUGCAACUAUUCGUUGAUUUGAAGUUAGUAGACACAAAAGAAAUUCCAUGGAAGCUUCAGAGCUCCGUGAUUUACGAUCAACCACUCAAAACUUCCUUCACAACAAUUGUGUUAGUCAAUCAACGUGUAGAUUACGAAGAACCAACGAUUUGGCCAUCAAGAAUUUCUCCAAAAGAACCAAAAAUUGCCCCCAUUCACCCAAAAAACCAGUAUCAUAUCCAAUAAUGACUAGCCUCCAAAUGCCAUCAACCAAGACGAUGAUCUCCACCGCCGCCUCCAUCGCCACCACCGUCAUGCUCAUCCGCUCCGUCGCUCGUGACUAUCUACCUCGAGAGCUCCAACACUAUAUGUUCUUGAAAAUCGCAAGCUUAUCGAGUUAUUUCUCCAACCAACUCACCCUGGUUAUAGACGAGUUCGAGGGUCUCAACCAUAACCAUCUCUUCAAAGCAGCUCAGGUCUUUCUCCGACCCACCGUCUCUCCCAAUGCAAAAACGUUUAGAGUCACAAUGCCCGCUAAAGAAAACAAGAUUUCAAUCUCCAUGGAAAGAAACCAAGAGCUUACCGAUUCUUUCAAAGGGGUCGUCCUCAAUUGGAAAUUGGUUUCCAAGCAAGUCCCUUCAAAGUAUGUCUCUGGCCCUGACCAUGAUCCCUACAACCCUGCUCCUCAAUCCGAACUCCGCUACUUCGAGUUAAGCUUCAACAGGAAGCAUAAAGAAAUGGUUUUGAGUUCUUAUCUUCCAUAUGUAAUUGAGAAAUCUAAGGAAGUGAAGGAAGAGACAAAGACACUGAAGCUUCACACUUUGAAGUAUGACCGCGUGAUACGAGGGAGAGGUGAACCUUGGCAAUCCGUGAAUCUUGAUCAUCCGGCAACGUUCGAUUCAUUGGCGAUGGAUUCGGAGGCCAAGAUGGCCAUCAUGGAGGAUCUUGAAAGGUUUGUGGAGAGGAAGGAGUACUAUAGGAAGGUGGGGAAGGCAUGGAAACGUGGAUACUUGUUGUUUGGACCUCCAGGGACAGGUAAGUCAAGCUUGAUUGCAGCAAUGGCAAAUUAUCUAAAUUUCGAUGUCUAUGAUUUGGAGUUAACCGAUGUAAGAAGCAAUUCUCAGCUGAGAAAGUUGUUGAUUACGACGGAAAAUAGAUCCAUUCUUGUUGUGGAGGAUAUAGAUUGCUCCAUUGAACUGCAGAACAGGCUUGCAGAAGCCAGAGCUAGAAACCACCAUGGUCGUAGUGCAAGAACAGAGGUGACUCUAUCAGGAUUGCUCAACUUCAUAGAUGGAUUGUGGUCAAGCUGUGGGGAUGAAAGGAUCAUAGUGUUCACAACCAAUCACAAAGACAGACUAGACCCUGCUUUGCUGCGGCCGGGUCGAAUGGACGUUCACAUCCACAUGUCAUUUUGCACACCUUCUGGGUUCAGAAUGCUCUCCUCCACUUAUCUUGGAAUUACAGACCACUUUCUGUUCUCAGAUAUUGAAAAGUUGUUAGAGACACUCACGGUUACUCCUGCAGAAAUAGGGGAGCAGUUGCUGAAGAAUGAGGAUCCCGAAACUUCACUGAGAGGCCUAAUCGAGUUACUUGAAAAGAAGAAAGGGGAAAGCAAUCAAGAAAAUAAAAAUGGUUAACCAGAACCUGAAGCUGAAGGAAUGGAUGAGACUGAGAGGAUCAAGACCCAGACAGAGGGAAAGGAAAGUCGAGAGGAGACAAGCGAGAGCAGCAAGAAAAUAGAUGCUUAACAAUUUUACUUUUGUUUCUAUUUCUUUGUGGUGGAACUGUUAAAUAGAGAAACAUAUACUUGAUCUGCUCUGGAACGAAGGAAAAGUUAAUAUGAAGGUGAUGAUACUUCGAUGAACAAGAUGGUUGUAACCGUUAUUUUAGACAAAAUUUAUAUAUAUAUAUAUAUAUAUAUAUAUAUAUGUAUACAAUUGUUGUUUUAACAUGUUAAAGUCUUGCAGUUUCAACAAUACCGGAAAGUUAUUAUAAAUAAGGAAAACAACUCAAUUAAGAGAGCAACAGUGGUCAUGACCCAUCACCCCAAAAACACUGGCCAUGACCCGACCUAUAUAGACAUCACCACCCCUAUUUUCUUUUCAUGAACGUGAAGAUAAUUUGGACAAUCUGAAAUUUAAAAAGGCUUACAGUAAAUUUAAUACUGAUUCAUAAUCAUCCCAUGCAUAAACCUGUAUUUUGCUAUCGAUAUAAGAUAACAUACAAGGGCCUUUCAAAACAAAUUCUACCAAAACUAAAAACAAACAAGUUCUGCCAAAGUAACAAUAAAAAAGGCCCGAGAAGCUUUUUUUUUUUUUUUUUUUUCAAA